GCAGAGCUUUUAAGAGAACAGCAAAAGCAACCUCGACCUCAGAGACGACGGAGACGACGAAGGAGAAGGAAGAUCGCCUGAAUUUCCCUCCCGAGAGGCCGAAAGCUCCGUCGGCCUCACUUCAUAGGCGCUCUCCUGCCAGAUUGAUGCUCAAUUUUGAGCAGUAGGAGGCCACCAUCAUGUCCUCCGCCGUCGAAGACCAGUUCGCUUCCAUCACCGUAAGUGAGAAGUCCCGUUCGCAUUCCCACGCUUCGAACGGCUCGCCGAACCGUGACGCCGGUGAGAUUGUGGAAGAGAGGGCCGCUGCAUGGAGGAGCGAGGCGGAGGGGCAUCCGGUCCCUAGUAGCAGCGGGUACUCCGGCGAGAUUGGAGAGGACGAUAUACGGGAAGCGAGGAACGCUGGUGGUCAAGUUGAUGGAGUCUCUGGAUCCGGUUUGCAGGGAAAGCGGCGCCUUGAUGAGGACGAUGCUUCUGUUUCGUGGAGAAAAAGGAAGAAGCAUUUCUUUAUAUUGAGUCAUUCUGGCAAACCAAUUUACUCGAGAUAUGGAGAUGAAUACAGGCUGGCAGGAUUUUCUGCGACGCUACAGGCCAUAAUUUCCUUUGUAGAGAAUGGGGGUGAUCGUCUCAAGUUUGUUAGGGCAGGAAAACACCAGGUAGUUUUUCUUGUCAAGGGGCCGAUCUAUUUAGUCUGCAUCAGUUGCACUGAAGAGCCUUAUGACGCACUCGGAAUGCAAUUGGAGCUCAUCUAUGGUCAGAUGAUUCUUAUUCUAACAAAGUCUGUAAACAGAUGCUUUGAGAGAAACCCAAAGUUUGACAUGACGCCAUUGCUGGGAGGGACAGAUAUUGUCUUCUCUUCCCUUAUCCAUUCUUUUAGCUGGAACCCAGCCACAUUUCUUCAUGCAUAUACUUGCCUUCCACUUGCUUAUUCGACAAGGCAGGCUGCAGGUGCUGUGCUCCAAGACGUGGCUGAUUCUGGUGUCCUAUUUGCUAUACUUAUGUGUAAGCACAAGGUUGUCAGUAUUGUUGGUGCUCAAAAGGCAUCCCUACAUCCUGAUGACAUGUUGCUACUUGCAAAUUUUGUCAUGGCAUCAGAAUCAUUUAGGACAUCCGAGUCUUUUUCACCGAUUUGUCUGCCGAGAUAUAAUCCUAUGGCAUUUUUGUAUGCAUAUGUACAUUAUCUUGACGUGGACACAUACUUGAUGUUGCUCACUACAAGUUCAGAUUCCUUCUAUCACCUGAAGGAUUGCAGGAUUCGCAUAGAAGUGUCUCUGCUCAAAUCGAAUGUUCUUAGUGAAAUUCAAAGAUCCAUGCUGGAUGGUGGACUGAGAGUUGAGGAUGUGCCAAUGGAUCCAUUACCUCACCGUGGAUCUUUGCUCUCCCAUUUAGGUCGACAGAAACCACAUAUGCAGGACAGUCCUAAGGAAGCUUCUUUGGGUAUUGGUGGUCCAGCUGGACUCUGGCAUUUUUUGUACCGAAGUAUAUACAUGGACCAGUAUGUAGCUUCAGAAUUUUCACCUCCAAUCGACAGUCCCCGACAGCAGAAAAGGUUAUAUAGGGCCUACCAGAACAUGUAUGCUUCCAUGCAUGCCCAAGAUAUUGGACCCCACAAAACUCAGUUCAGAAGAGAUGAAAGUUAUGCCUUACUUUGCUGGGUUACUCAAGAUUUUGAAUUCUAUGCGGCUUUUGAUCCACUGGCAGACAAGGCAUUGGCAAUAAAGGUUUGCAAUCAGGUUUGCCAAUGGGUGAAAGACCUCGAAAACGAGAUCUUUCUGCUGGGAGCCAGCCCGUUCUCAUGGUGAAACUCAUCUUCUGUAUAAACCGGCAUGGAGAGUCUCAAUUUCUCGAGAAAUCCGGUCAUCUAGUUCUUCUAUUCAGGAGCAGUUCAUACAUCCAUAUCAUCAGUUCAAUCAUGAUAGGAAAGCAUGGUAUUAAUUAAUGCUUAGAAUUAUUAGUUGCAUGUUCUUUUCUGAGCUUUUUUUUGGGUAAGGAAUGUAUAAUGUAUGUAGUCAUACUCGAUACAUACUUGUCAGUGAUGCAAAUUGUCACAAGCAUCGAAUGGAUUUAGUUUGGCUGCCAUUUUGCACGAAUCAAGUCGAUUUGUUCAUUUUCUA